CGUGCGGUGUUGGUUCUUUCGAGCGCGUUCAUUUACUGUCGCGCUCGCACCCGAACAGCAGUGCGCGGAUCUCUCAUCACGAGCCUUUUUACUUCUUAACAGUGCAGUGCAACACAGGCAGUGAUUGACUAUUUUGUUCCCCGUGCAAUGAAGAACUUUAUCCCCAACCUGUGGAUCGUUUUGGUUCUCCUCCCUUCGCUUAAAGCUGCCGAGUACGAUGAUGACUUCAAUUGGAAACUGGAUAUGGAGAUCCACGGUAACGGCAAAACCCCAGCGUGUAUGGACAUUCCCGAGGACCUGCGAUUAUGUUAUGAUGUGGGCUACAACAAAAUGAUGCUUCCCAAUUUACUGGAUCACGAAAGCAUAUCGGAUGUGAAGCAGCAAGCAAGCGGCUGGGUUCCUCUGGUACACAAAGCCUGUCACCCAAGCACGCAAUUGUUACUGUGCUCGCUCUUUGCGCCCGUAUGCCUGGAGAGACCCUUAUAUCCAUGCCGAUGGCUCUGUGAGGCUGUCCGGGACAAGUGCGCGCCUUUAAUGGAGUCAUUUGGGUUCGCGUGGCCUGACAUGCUGAAGUGUGACAAGUUCCCCCAGGACGAUUUGUGCAUUUCCAUGAACGAGACCAACAGCAAUAUCUCCAAACCCGCAGGCCAGCCUUCUGUGUGUCCACAAUGUGACAACGAAAUGAAUGCAGAUGCAAUUCUGGAGCACAUGUGUGCCAGUGAAUUCGCAAUCAAGGCGAAGAUUAAGGAGGUGAAAAUUGAGAACUUGGACAGAAAGGUCAUUCUGCAGAAAAGGAGGAAGCCGGUGAGGCUUGUAACUCUGAAAAAGCCGGACCUGAAGAAGCUUGUUCUUUACCUGAAAAAUGGUGCAAAAUGUCCUUGCCAACAACUUGAAAACAGUGGAAAAGUCUACUUAAUUAUGGGUCGCUUGGUUGGAAAACAGCAUAUUCUGACUGGCAUUCACAAGUGGGAAAAAUCAAGCCAAGAAUUUAAGAAGACCCUUAAAAAACUUAAAAGCUAUAAAUGUCCAGCAUUUGAAGCAGUGUUUAAGUGACCAGUUUUUAAAAUGAUAAUAUUGAUAUUGAAUUGUACUCCUCUUUUGUGAUUAUAGCAUUUUAUGAUCUUUUUUUUAUUACUGUACAGUAUACAAACAAAAGUUAAGCAUUGGAGUUUGCCUAACAAAUACCUGAACGUGUUUUAUGCCAUUUCAAGCUUCAACAUUUAUAGCCAAUACAAGAAACAAACAACAUUUACCAUAAAAAAUAUUUACAUCCAUUAUGCUGCAAAAUGCAAUCAUUAUUCAUUCAUACAUUUCAGGUCAUUAUCCAU